AUGCGUCGUAUCGUUGUUGACGCAGAAGACCCGGGGGAGCCUACUCGAGACCAUCCCUCCAAGCAUCCCUCAAAGCUCCGCGAAGCAAAUGAGACGAAAGUUCAUCCAAAGAGCUCUGGAGGAGAAGAUGGAAACAUCUUCUUUGUAGGGACAGCAACGACGUUCAUGUACGGGGCCCCUUAA